AUGGCCGAGAAACUGCCCCCCCCGGGGGAGCUGUUCCUGCGCAAGGGCCGCGAGUCGCUGGUCUCGCUGGAGAUGGACCGGCUGGCCCCGGGCGAGGAGUCCUCGGACAGCGAAGGCGAGCAGGAGGGCGGCUCCCACAGGCUCAUCCGCAAAGUCUCCACCUCGGGCCAGAUGCGGACCAAGAAGAGUGUGAAGGAAGGGCUCUUGCUGAAGCAGACGAGCUCGUUCCAGCGGUGGAAGAGAAGGUUCUUCAAGCUGCGUGGCCGGACCCUCUACUAUGCCAAAGACUCCAAGUCACUGAUCUUUGAUGAAGUGGACCUGUCGGAUGCCAGCGUGGCAGAAACCAGCACCAAGAACAUCAACAACAGCUUUACGGUGAUCACCCCAUUCCGAAAACUCAUCCUUUGUGCAGAGAACCGGAAGGAGAUGGAGGACUGGAUUGGGGCCCUGAAGUCUGUCCAGAAAUGGGAAAUCAGUGAGGCCUCCCAGUUCAACAUGGAGCACUUCUCUGGGAUGCACAACUGGUACGCCUGCUCCCACACCCGGCCCACUUUUUGCAACGUCUGCCGAGAGGCCCUGCCCGGCGUCACCUCCCACGGCCUCUCCUGUGAAGUGUGCAAGUUCAAGGCCCACAAGCGCUGCGCAGUGAGAGCCACCAACAGCUGCAAGUGGACCACCCUGGCCUCCAUUGGCAACGACAUCAUUGAGGAUGAAGACGGGGUGGCCAUGCCCCACCAGUGGCUGGAGGGGAAUCUCCCGGUUGGUGCCCGCUGUGCUGUGUGUGACAAGACGUCCGGCAGUGUCCGAAGGCUGCAGGACUGGCGCUGUCUCUGGUGCAAGACUGUUGUUCACAGCACUUGCCGGGAGCGGCUGGGCAAGAAGUGUCCCCUGGGCCAGCACAAGGUCUCCAUCAUCCCCCCCACUGCCCUCAACAGUAUUGAUUCCGACGGAUUCUGGAAGGCCACCUGCCCGUCCAGCUGCUCCAGCCCCCUCCUGGCCUUUGUCAACUCCAAGAGUGGGGACAACCAAGGGGUGAAGUUCCUGCGCAAGUUCAAGCAGUUCCUCAACCCAGCCCAAGUCUUUGAUCUCAUGAAUGGUGGGCCACACCUUGGGCUGCGGCUCUUUCAAAAGUUCUCCACCUUUCGGAUCUUGGUGUGUGGCGGAGACGGCAGCGUCGGCUGGGUCCUGUCGGAAAUUGACUCGCUGGGGCUGCACAAGCAGUGCCAGCUUGGUGUCCUGCCCCUGGGCACUGGGAAUGACCUCGCCCGGGUGCUCGGCUGGGGCAGCCUCUGCGAUGAUGAUACACAAUUGCUGCAGGUUCUGGAGAAGUUGGAGCGUGCCACCACAAAAAUGUUGGACCGGUGGAGCGUCCUGACCUACGAGGCCCCCAAGCAGUCGCCCCCAGCCCUGGAGGAAGAUGAGAGCGAGAAUCCCACCAUCCAGGCUCAGAUCUCGCACUAUGCUGACUCGGUAGCCCUCCACCUGGCCAAGAUCCUGGAGUCCGACAAACACGCGGUGGUGAUCUCUUCGGCAAAAUUCCUGUGCGGGACGGUGAAUGACUUCGUAGCUGAUGUGGGAAAAGCUUAUGGACGGGCAGCUGACAACAAGCAGGAAGCAGCCAUCAUGGCUGGCAAGUGUGCCACGCUGAGUGAGAAACUGGACUCGCUUGUCCGUGAGCUGAAUGAGGAGUCGCAGGCCAUCCUGGUCCCAGAAGGCAGCUCUGCAGCCCCUGAGGUCAAGGAGCCGAGCACCGUCCAGCCCGGUCCGUGGCCUCCUCGCAUCUUCAAGUCCAAGGAGCAGCUCAUGCUAAGAGCCAACAGCCUCAAGAAGGCGCUGCGCCAGAUCAUCGACCAGGCGGAGAAGGCGGUGGACGAGCAGAACAAGCAGACCCAGGCCUAUCGGAGCCUCUCACUGGCCAGUAAGAAGGACAGUGGGGAGGACUUCAGCAAGGAGGCAGAAGCCCAGAAGUCCCGCCGCGAUACAGUCAUCUCCACCACUUCCUCCCUCUUCCUGGAUCAGCCUGAGCAUUUCACCCCCACCCCUUUCUCCGAGGACCCCGAUGCUAUACAAUUUUCUGAAAGAUGCGUCAUGAAUAACUACUUUGGCAUUGGCCUGGACGCCAAGAUCUCCCUGGAAUUCAACAACAAAAGGGAUGAGCACCCAAAGAAGUGCAGCAGCCGCACCAAAAAUAUGAUGUGGUAUGGGGUCCUGGGAACGAAGGAGUUGCUGCAGCGGACCUACAAGAACCUGGAGCAGCGGGUCCAACUUGAGUGCGACGGAGUUCCUAUUUCCUUGCCCAGCCUGCAGGGCAUCGCCGUGCUUAACAUUCCCAGCUAUGCAGGCGGCAUCAACUUCUGGGGAGGCACCAAGGAAGACAGCAAUUUCGGAGCUCCCUCCUUCGACGACAAGAAGCUCGAGGUGGUGGCUGUUUUUGGGAGCAUCCAGAUGGCGGUCUCUCGGGUCAUCAACCUGCAGCACCACCGCAUUGCCCAGUGCCGGAUGGUGAAGAUCACGAUUCGGGGAGACGAAGGGGUCCCAGUGCAAGUGGACGGAGAGGCCUGGAUACAACCCCCAGGCAUGAUCAAGAUCCAGCACAAGAACCGGGCCCAGAUGCUGACCAGGGACAGGGCCUUUGAGAGCACCCUGAAAUCGUGGGAAGACAAGCAAAAGGGGGAGGCCUACCGAGCCCCAUCCCGGCCGCGGCUCAGCUCCCAGCAGUCCAUGGAGUACCUGAUGGAGGAGGAGGCAGCCCAGAUGCAGCAGCUGGUCCAAGCCACCGAAACCCUCAUUAGCAGGAUCCGAGAGGCUGCCAAGUCCCGCAGAGGCAUGGAACAGGAGUUGGCCCAUGCCGUGAACAGCAGCUCGCUGGCCCUGAGCGAGGUCUUGGCCUGCAAGAGCAGCAGUGGGGCCCCGGAGCUGAUUAGCCGGAGCCUGGCUGUGGAGGUGUCCGUCAGCGUGAAGGCCUUGUGCACCGAAACCCAGGCUUUCCUGGGAGGAAAGCAGCAGCUGGAUUCUCCCCAGCAAGAGGACGCCCUCCACCAGGCCCUGGGCGCCGUCAGCCAGGAGCUGCAGAGGUUCUCCGAGGCCCACUGGAUGGCCCCCGUCUCAAGCUCCGCUGAGGAGGUCAUGGGCCCGGAGGCUCCCGGGAGCAGCAACAAGGGCAGCCUGAAGCUACGGAUUAAUCUUGCAAAGCCCAAGAAGGAGAAGCUCCAAAAGCAGAGAUCUGGCGGGGUCACCCCAGUGGACAGUUGGGGCCCUGAGGAGGUGGCUGCCUGGCUGGAGGCCCUCGAUUUAGGGGAAUACAAAGAGCUUUUUGUGCGCCAUGACAUCCAGGGCUCGGAGCUGAUCCUGCUGGAGAGGAGAGACCUGAAGGAGCUUGGGAUCUCAAAAGUGGGCCACGUGAAGAGGAUCCUCCAGGGAAUUAAGGACCCUGCCGGGCAGCAGUAGGGAGGGAAGCCCCUCGGAGCAGGAUGGCUUGGGGGCCGUUGUCCACCUUCACUGUGUCCAGCGGGGCUGCUGGGCCUCGCCAACACCGGCCCGAGGUCUUCCUGCCAGUGGCGUUUGCAUUCCCACCUGUGCCGAAGACGUUGACUGUGCUCACCCUUCCCGGCCCCCCUGCUUGAGUUGUGCUUCUUUCCACGCAUGCCGUCGUUCCUGGGACCCUGCGGGGAAGGGGGGCUCCAGCGAGCCUCUCCCGUCACGGCACACGAGGGGAUGAGCCCCGCUGGGUUUUGUGCCAGGGCUGGGGCGGCGCACGGCAGCUGGCCGGGGUGCCUCCAACACCCUCUUCUUGAGAGUUGGGCCGGAGAAGCCCUCUUGACCAGCCAGUCACCCAAGCAAUUCCACUUAUCCAGUUAGCGUCCCUGAGCAAGAGCGUAAGGCUGCUGACCCCCUGCUCGGCCGGCCCUUCCCCACCCCCACCCCGGCAUUGGCCCCCACUGACCUCCUUUUUCAGGUGGCCACGGAGCCCUUGGCAGCUCCUUUAAAUAAAACGUUUUCUCGCCAGACCCUGAAGCUCCCUGGUGGCAUCCAGGAGGCAGUUCAGCAGACCGAUAAAACUCCAGAUCUGGUUUGCUUUUGUGAUCCGGAGCUGCUAAAGCAUUCCUUGUAAGGCAGCUUCCUUCCCCAGAUGCUCAAGAGACACACCUGGAGGAGGCCCUGGGAAAGCAGGGAGCCUUUAGAGGCCGCAAUCGGUGCCUUCCCGCCUGGCAGACUGGGCCCCG